AUGGAAUCACAGAGUGAUAUGAGCGCGGCACCGGCGUGCUCGGCUUGCACCUGUGUCUCGGCUGUAAAUACAGUGAGGGUGGUCACGGCUCCUCAGCGUGCGCAGCAUUCUGGCCCAACCCUCCCAGCUUGGUGGGGAACGGCUGCCGCCGGACUGGGGCACAGAGACCUGGUUGGCGUAGUCAAGAUUCUUUGUCCUGGCCUGGGAGAACAGUUCAGGGGACAGACGGCCGCAAGACUACCAAGAACCCAGAUCCAGAGAUCACUGACAUUUGGGGAUGUGGCUGUGGCCUUUACUCAGAUUGAAGGGAGACACCCGGAUGCUGCUCAGCAGGCCCUGUACAAGGAUGUGUUACUGGAGAACUAUGGGAAUCUGGUGUUUGUGGGGCUUCUCUCUUCCAAACCAAAGCUAAUAACCCAGUUGGAGGAAGAGCCACGGAUGGAAGUAUAAGAGGUUCCAUCAGGUACCUAUGCAGUUCAGGAGUACAUAUUUGAAACAAAGAUGUCAACCCUACAGCAAACUUCUGAGAGAUCUGAUUUGGGAGAACAGACAAAAAGUGUCAUGAUGGAAAGAGGCCUGGAUUGGGAAGGCAGAAGUUGCAUAGAGAAGACACACUAUAAAUGCAAGGAAUGUGGGAAAGUCUUCAAAUAUAAUUCCUCCUUUAUUAGCCACCAGAGAAAUCAUACUGGUGAGAAACCCCAUAAAUGUAAAGAAUGUGGGAUAGCCUUUAUGAGCAGCUCAUCCCUUUUAAAUCAUCAUAAAAUUUCCAUAGGCAAGAAAUGUUUCAGAUGUGUUAAAUGUGGGAAAUUCCUCAAGCAGCACUCAACAUUUGUUAAUCAACAGAAAAUUCAUUCUAGAGAGGAACUCCAUAAAUGCAAUGAAUGUGAAACUUUCAGAAAUAAUUCUAUUCUUUUAAGUUACCAGAGACUUCAUACUGGUUAGAAACCCUACAAAUAUGAUUGUGGGAAAGCCUUUGCUCAGAAUUCAGGCCUUGCUCAUUAUGUGAAAAUACAUAGUGGAGAGAAGCCAUUUAAAUGUAAUGAAUGUGGGAAAACUUUCAGGGAUAACUCAUCUGUCUUGUAACAUCAGAGAAUACAUACUGGUGAGAAACUGUAUCAGUGUAAUGAAUGUGUAUUUAGGAAAAGUCAAAGAAUGCGUACAGGAGAGAAACCUUAUCUCUGUAGUAAAUGUGGAAAGUCUUUCAGGUAUAGCUCAUCCUUUGCUGGACAUCAGAAAACUCAUAGUGGAAAUAAACCCAAUCAAUAAACCCCAUUACAUCAAUGUAAUGACUGUGGGAAAGCCUUUAGGAAGAGCUCAGUCCUUAUUGAACAUCAGAGAAUUCUUACUGGAGAAAAGCCCUAUCGCUGUAAGAAAUGUGGGAAAUCCUUCAGGCAUAGCUCUGGCCUUGCUGAACAUCAGAAAAUCCAUACAGGAGAAAAACCUUAUGAAUGUAAUGAAUGUGGGAAGGCUUUUCCUCAGAAUUCAAGCCUCAAACAACAUUAGAAAAUUCAUAAUAAAGAAAGCCAUCAAAUGUAG